AUGAGCCCUACUGUGCUGGCCUUCCUGCUGUUCCUGCUGCUGGGGACCUCAGGUAGCCCCUGGGGGAGGUGGGGACAGGCAGAGGAUUGUGGCUCCAGGAAGCCCUGGGUAUCUGUAAGGUGUCCAGUGGAGUAUUACUCAGCCAUCAAGAAGACUGACGUUCUGGUGCAGGUGACCACAGGGAUGAGCACUGAAAACAUAUACAGGGAACUAAAAGAGACACAAGAGGACAAAUAUUACAUGAUCUCACUUGCAAGAGACAUCCAGAACAAAUGUUUAAGACACCAAACUGUUCACCUGUGGUUAUUAGGGAUGUUAUGUGGAAGACCUACAUACACAAGCCGCAUUGUAGGUGGCAUGGAUGCUGCUGAGGGGCACUGGCCUUGGAUGGUCAGCGUACGAAUGGGCUCCGAACACAUCUGUGGGGGUUCCCUGAUCAGUGAGAGGUGGAUACUGACAGCAGCACACUGCUUAACGGCGACCUGGACUUUUCUUACAUACACUGUGUGGCUGGGAACAACUGAUGCAGAUUAUUUAAGUCAAGGUUUACAGCACUAUGUAUCCCAAAUCGUCAUCCACCCCAACCACAAGGACAAGACUGCUGACAUCGCUUUGUUGAAAUUGUACUCUCGAGUCACUUUCACUUCACUUAUCAGGCCCAUCUGCUUGCCCACUAUCAGUAAUCAAGUGACAAUUCCAAAGUCUUGUUGGGUGACUGGAUGGGGGAAAACAGAUGAAUAUUCAGAUAUCGAUGUCUCUCCCACUCUCCAGGAAUUAGAAGUAGCCAUUAUUGAACGCAAAGUUUGUGAACAACUCUACAACCCAGUUGGAACCUUUUUACCAGGGGUGGAACCAGUCAUCAAAAAUGACAUGAUUUGUGCUGGAGGUAUCAAAGGAAUGAAGGACAGUUGCAAGGGUGAUUCUGGAGGACCUCUGGCAUGUUAUAUAGACCAUGUGUGGAUCCAAAUAGGAGUGGUAAGCUGGGGAUCAGACUGUGCUAGGUCUCUUCCUGGAGUCUACUCUAGUGUACUCUACUACCAAAGGUGGAUUAAUGAAACCAUCUCAAAAGCGCAAUAUUUUAACUUCUCUGACUUCCUGUUCCUAAGUGGACUGAUCUCUCUGGGUCUCCUGAGGCCUUCCUGUGCCUUGUGGGUCUAA